GAGGCCGCUGGACGGAAAAGGCGGAGUUACAUCAACAUGAGGGAAAAUAAGAACAUGUCUGAGUCCCUGUCUCAAGCGGGAAAAGAAGUAGCGCUCAAGAAACAUAAGCUCAGCAGUGAUGAGAACAGUAACCCAGAUUUGUCAGGGGACGAGAACGAUGAUGCUGUCAGUGUUGAAAGUGGCACCAAUGCUGAACGCCCUGACACGCCCACCAACACCUCCAACGCCCCAGGCAGGAAGAGUUGGGGCAAAGGCAAAUGGAAGUCCAAAAAGUGCAGAUACUCAUUCAAGUGCGUCAACAGCUUGCGGGAAGACCAUGGCCAGCCUCUUUUCGGAGUCCAAUUCAACUGGCACAGUAAGGAGGGAGACCCGCUGGUGUUUGCCACAGUUGGGAGCAACAGGCUCACUCUUUAUGAAUGUCACUCUCAAGGAGAAAUCCGACUCUUGCAGUCUUAUGUGGACGCUGAUGCAGACGAAAACUUCUACACGUGUGCCUGGACCUAUGACACCAACACCAGUCACCCUCUUUUGGCUGUUGCCGGCUCACGGGGAAUCAUCCGAAUUAUCAACCACAUCACAAUGCAGUGCAUCAAGCAUUAUGUCGGUCAUGGAAAUGCGAUUAAUGAGCUGAAGUUUCAUCCGAGGGACCCAAAUCUUCUCCUGUCAGUCAGCAAAGAUCAUGCCCUUCGUCUGUGGAACAUACAAACGGACACAUUAGUGGCCAUAUUUGGUGGAGUGGAAGGUCAUCGAGAUGAAGUCCUAAGUGCUGACUUUGACCUCCUGGGUGAAAAAAUAAUGUCAUGUGGGAUGGACCACUCCCUUAAACUUUGGCGAAUUAACUCAGAGAGAAUGCAGAAGGCCAUCCGUGGAUCCUAUGAAUACAACGCCUCCAAGACCAACAGGCCUUUUGUGUCACAGAAAAUUCACUUUCCCGACUUCUCUACACGAGACAUCCACAGAAAUUAUGUGGAUUGCGUGCGGUGGCUUGGCGACCUCAUUCUUUCGAAGUCGUGCGAAAAUGCCAUUGUGUGCUGGAAACCAGGAAAAAUGGAGGACGACAUCGAUCGCAUCAAGCCAAACGAAUCAAAUGUUACCAUUCUUGGACGCUUUGAUUACAGCCAGUGUGACAUCUGGUACAUGCGCUUCUCCAUGGAUUUCUGGCAGAAGAUGUUGGCCUUAGGAAACCAGGUGGGUAAGCUCUACGUUUGGGACCUGGAAGUGGAGGAUCCGCACAAAGCCAAGUCCACCACGCUCACCCUCCCCAAAUGCACGUCGGCCAUCCGUCAAACCAGCUUCAGCCGCGACAGCAGCAUUUUGAUUGCUGUGUGCGACGACGCCUCCAUUUGGCGCUGGGACCGGCAACGCUGAACACUUACCACCCGAGUGGACUGCUCCUUUUUAUUAUUUACUUUUCUGCAGUAUUUUGUUUUUCUUUUUUUAUAUACUAUAAACUCUAAACAUUUUCUUACAUUCCUCUGUGAUGUUUUAAAGCUCCCCAUUUUACUCAUAACAUGGUCAAAACAAGUAGGGUUUGGUGCAGUCCGAGUGUUCAAAUGUUUAUUUUAUCAUUUCUCGUUUACUGGAUCACCAUGAUUGAAUAAUUGGAGGAAUCAACCGUUAUUCAAGUAAAAGCCUUUUCAUUAUGUAGUUAUCAUAAUUAUUGAUAAGAAUUAUUUUCCUCUGUAGAGUUCUUGGAUUUGAGUGUGCUUUAUUUGGUCUUGAAUAAACCUAUUUUUAUACACA